UUAUAAUAUAAACGUGUUUAUACAUAUUAUGUGUGCAUAUCAAUUUUAACCGAAUGGUAUUCAAAGAACUAGCGUGUGUCGGGGAAAAUUGCUGCCGAGGAAAUGAGAUUGUAAGCCUGUUUUGGUGGCACUUUUGGAAUUCGGAUUCAAGCUGAGUGAUUGAGCGAAUAAGACAAUAGGGUAAGAAGAAAAGAAACAGCAAUAAAUAAGACCAAUAAGAAAACCUCAAAAUUUCAAGAACAAACUUGGCUUGUAUAGAAUAUUUUUGUUAAAAUGUGGUAGUUUUAGGAACUUUGUUUAUUAAAUUAUUUUGGUAAAUUUACGAUCAUGAUAUCAGCCAAUAAAUCAUUUAAAGAGCUCACCCGAGGUAAGGUAUGGGUAAAACCGACAGAUCAAAUGGAUUUAUGGUUGGAUUCUCAAGGAUACUACAGGAAACACACAGCUAAAGAUGGGUCAUGUCUUUACCGUGCAGUGUCCGAACAGGUAUUUCUCGCCCAAGCUUUCCACCUGGAUGUGCGAAGGCAUUGUGCAGAGUAUGCUCAGCGACAUCCAGAAUUGCUGGACAGUGUUAAUUACUGUACAAAAAAGGAAUAUGUCGAUCGCAUGAAGCAUCCCCACGAAGCAGGAGGCAAGCUGGAACUAGAAUUGAUGUCCCGAAUGUACAAGAGAGACUUUUUGUUGUUCAAUGAACCUGGAAAAUUGUAUGAGCCAGUAACGGACCACGGUUUUGAUAAGCAGAUCAUGCUUUGUCUGUCCCAAGAACACCACUAUGACUCUGUGUAUACCAAACAGUACAUUUCAAAUGCUGCGUUUUGCCAGUCUCUGAUUUAUGAAACCCUGUACAAAAAAGUGUUCCAACUGGAAGAAGUGGACUACGCUGUCAAAAAGAUGCUGCAUGACAAGACGUCCAAAUAUCAAAGAGAUCCGAGCUCGUUCUUUAUGAAUGGGUUGGACCUGAGGCUCGAAAUUAGAGAUAGUUAUUCAAACGUCAAAAACCUUCUUAACUUGGGUGUCACCCCGUUUCCAUACAAGGUGGCCAAAUCUCUGGAUCCAGAUAUAUAUAGAAAUGUCGAGUAUGACACUUGGAAUGAAAUAAGACGAGGUUUACGCUACGGGAUGUACAUGUGGAACAACCGAGAACUCCAAGUAGGAGUGAAGUGUCUGGUCAAGUUACCCUCGGACAGAGUGUGUCACGCUCACAUCCAGGACAUGUCUCCCGACAAGGGUCCGGUCAUCGUCUUUGUGGAGGAGCUUGGUGAAAAGAUGUCCGUGUCGUAUGAGAGUCUAGAGUUGUUGCCGCAGUCACCUCCAUCACAACCUCUGUCUCUUCCGCUCAAACAGCUGCGGCAACUACAAACUCUGCGGGAACUGACCUCACUAGAUGAUCUCAAAGAGGUUUUAGAUAAUGAAGAUAAAAGUAAUAAUGCGGACACUCCAUCAAGUCAUAACAGUGAAAAAGAAAUGAUCUGGAAAAGUGAACAUGACAGAAGCGGUGCGAUUGCUCCAAAGCUGAAAAUGUUCAAUGAUCUGUCAAAGUCUAAUAAGAAGACUAAUAGAUCGUACCGAAUAAAAAGCAAAGAACUUACUUACCAACCAAGUAGUGAAAGUCAUAAACGACAGAUGGAAGACAAUGCUGUUGUAUCAAGCACCUCUGACUGUAACUAUUCUCCCUCGGAAAUAUCAGCUACACACCACCGAGAAAAUGUGGAGGAAUACAAUCCCAACUCAUUUAACUACCAGGCAAUCGACCAUCACGCCGAGAGGGAGCGUCCAGAACAAAUAACUGUAGAGGCCACCAGUACUGUGGGUCCCCCCGCAAUGGUGUGUAUCGAGCCCCACUUCUACAUGCAGCCGAUGGAUGGCUUUGCCCCGCCAUCCACCUUCCUGGCUCCCCCCGCCUGCUACCCUCCAACUGACUUGCAACAAGUUCCCGUCUCAGAUAUUGCACCUCUGCGGUUUUACUACAAUUAUGGAAUUGAACAUUACUCUCAAAGAGUAAGACCGACUCCACCUUGUUACUUGAACACUGCCGUGACUUACCUUCCCGACAACUCCAUGAGUCCUGCGGUGUACGAUCACGGACCAUCAACGCCUAUCACCACUCCAGACUCGGCUGUGGUGAUGAGUCCUUCCCCAGUGUUCCGUCACCCACGUCCGGACUCGCUGCCUCUGCUGCCCAUGCCUCCGGAACCAGACUCCACCACCCACCACUCGUACUACCCCUCGGCCAGCCAUAACCUGGCCCCUAGGUUCAAGAACAAGCUCAGGAACAUGCAAGCUGGAAGACCCUGUGAGCCGCCAGUUGUCCAGCAGCCGGAAGUGUCGAGCACUACGAGUGUACCAGUCCCGGCACACUACCUGGCGCCGCCACUCUACUACCAUCCGCUUGGUGUAGAGGUUGAGUCCAACUAUUUGGAGUACGGCGUGUACGACCCUAACCUCAUUUACUUCCCACCAGUUCAGCCCGCCGUGCCUCCGCCUCAUUAUUUCCACCCAGACGCUCUCUUCUAUCAACACUUGAUGGCUGCUCCCCUGCCUUCUGCCAUCUAAGUGUUGCCACUGCUAUCGUAGCAAACCCGGUGCUGAUUACCUGUAAGGUAUGAGUCUUGUGUCCUUAAAGUUGCCUUAGUGUUACAAUUUUGAUUUUCCUUUCUAUGUAUGUUGAGAUAUACAAAUAUGUUAAAAACACAAAAUAACUAAAUGUAAUAUAAGUAUUUUUUUACCUGAGCUCAAUUAGGUAGAUUACUUAAAUAGUUAACAGUGUGGUUUACGAUUGAUUUAAUAUAUUCAUGUGAUCAAGUACAGUAGAACCUCAGUUCACCGUUAAAUCAGUUAUUUGUUACCACAAAAAUGAAAAGUAUUCUACAAAUAUAAUAUGUUAACAUUUAUAUUUUUAAACUUUGAUUCAUUUGCACAAUUUGUGACUUUCUAAAAUUAUCGUUUUGUUAUCCUUCUAUUCACUUAACCCUCAUAGUUUCAGCGUUAAGGGUGACGGUUAAUCGAGGUUUUGCUGUAAAAUAAUUAACACUUAUUUUCCACACAAGUGCAAUUAGAGAGAUAACUACUGAACAUGUGGUUGAUCUUGUGAUUUAAAUAUAAAAUAUUCAUGAUGUAAUCAUGUAAAAGAGUGAUGUAAAUACUUACACAUUCUGCCAUACACAUUUAGUAAGUAGCUCAUAGUGAAUAAGUAACAACGGGUACUAAGUAAUGUAUGUGAUAAGCUAAAGAGAUUAGGUAGCUAUUAGUAACGUGUGAUCUCAAGCAAUAUAAGUGUUACUUAAUGGUUGUAUAGUGGAAUUGGGAUGGUAAUAUACUUACAAGUAAAAGCCCUUGCUCCAUAGAGUCUUACACACUCCAACUCAUAGGGGUAGAAAAUCAUUGUUCCCAGAUUAUUUAUUUUUUUAAUGGCUUAAAGUUAGUACAGUAAGUUUGCUUUGCGAACAGUUGUAAUUUUCCAUGUUCUUUGUAACAUAUGAUGAUCUCUUAAACACUGUGAAAUCAAAAAUUGGGUAAGGGAUAGGACUUAUUCUGUUUUUAAAUAACUAAUUCAUUGCUAAAAAAUCUUGAUAAAAAUUUCAAAUUUAAUUAAUUAAUUUUGAAUAAACCUUUUCCUAAUAACACAAGUAAAAGAGUUCAUGUGAAAAUGAUAGUCAAAAUAUUUAAGGAUACAGAAUAAAUUACAUUAAAAUAGAAGUAAAGCUUUCACAGUCAAAGUAGACAUUUUAAAUCGAUCUUUGGGGAAUUACCGUCGUUAAACUGGCAAAAAUAUUGGCGUUUCAUAUGCAUUGUAGCAAUCCAUCUUUGGAACUAGGUUGAAUUGUAUCUAAAACAUUAGUCAGGUUGUUUUUGCCGGUUAAACGCCACGUUUACCUUUCUAAAACCGAGUUUUGACAAUAUAAAAAAUUUUACUAUUUAACAAAGGUUCAAAAGUUUAGAGAUAUUUUUAUAUAACAGAUACUCAUCAAUAUAAAAACAUUUUCCAAUACAACAAUGUUUAGGAAUAUAAUUUGUUUGUUCAACCAAGAUUUGAAACCAUAAAGAAGAAUCUUAUUUUUUAUACAAAUUAUACCCUCUUUUCCAUCCCUUAACCCAGUCAAAUUUAGCUCAAAUACUAACAGUAUUUUUCAAAAUAAAUCUUAAGCCUUUUUCAUUCAACGAAACCCAAAAACCAAGCUAGCUCUUUAGCUUAUGCCAGGUGCCACAUAGUUUUGGCCAGCUUUUAAACCCACAUCCUGAAUUGACCCACAUCCUCUAUUGAAUAAGUACACUGUGUCCCCCCAUUCAUAUCAACAACGUUUUUUAAGUCUUGAAUUAUAAAUUCUAGUUAAAAUAGAUCCUCAAUAAGAUUUUUGUUUGUAUCAGAUUUCUAUGUUGUAUAGUCUUUGCACGCCUUUAUUUUUGUAAAACACUUUUGGACAUUUAGAAGGUCUUUUGAUUUGCAUCACUAACGGUUUUGUAUCGUAGAUUUAAGAGUAUUAUGGCAGCGUCGAAAUAAGACUGAUUUGUAAAUAAACCAAUUGAAGGCAUAAUAAUCACUCAAAUAACUUGUUCAGAUAAGUUUGGUGGUAUAAAUUUUGUCUGUAGUUUUACAGAUGUAAUUGAUGUAGGUUUUCUGGAGUAUAUUUAGCUAUAAACAGGAUCCUUUAUUUUUAGAUACAUAGUACGGUAAAAAUAUUUUUGUUACUCUUUAUUAAUUACUUUAAUCAUGUUAGCUUUAUGUUUAUCGAUACCAUGCUAAUGAUGGUACACAACUCUAAAAAGUAAAGAUGAUUUAAAUUAAGUUUGAUAAGUAAGAUUUUGUUUGUUGUACCGGUACGUUUAAGUUUAUAAGUUAGUCAAAUAUUAUUUAGUUAAAACAAUUUAAAAUUGUUAAGUUUUGUUACAGUGUAUUUUAGUUACCUCUUCUAGAUCAUUUUGUUACUACCGGUAAUUUUGAAUUUUAUUUUCAACUCAUUAUCUUUGUACCUAAAGUUACUUUUGUAAGACUGAUAAAGUAAUACUUUAGGUAAUAAGGGGAUGUAUAGUAAUUGCACUUACUACAAAUUCAAGGGUUUAAAAUUUAUUAAUUCCCCCAUGAAUAGUAAUAAGCUUUGUGAUUGAUAGUUGUAAGUUUUGCUAAGAAAUAUUAUGAGCCAGUGUUAAGCUUUUAACACUACUCGAUGUUGAGAACAAUGUUUUGUUUGAGAGAUAAUUAAAG